GCGGUACAUUGUGGGAGGGCAGAAGAAUGGCGGCGCCCAUAAGGCAGUCUCUGUUUGGGGUGGCGAAGGGCUGGUGGCGGUUCGAGGGGCUCUGGGCCGGUAGCCUGGGUUCUCGCAGCCUAGCCCUUGCGGCUGCACCCUCGAUCAGCGGGUCUCCAUGGCGUCUUUUGGGCGCGGUGUGCCUGCAGCGGCCACCGCUGGUCUCGAAGCCGCUGACCCCAUUGCAGGAAGAGAUGGCGGCUCUACUACAGCAGAUUGAAGUAGAGAGAAGUUUAUAUUCAGACCAUGAGCUUCGUGCUUUAGAUGAAGCCCAGCAACUGGCAAAGAAGAAAGCUGACUUGUAUGAUGAAGAAGGAGAUGAACGGAAUAUACUGCUGGUGCAGGAUUUGGAAGAUGCAUGGGAGCAGAAGUUCCUACAGUUCAAACCUGGAGCUCGUAUAACAGAAGCCGAUAAAAAGAAUGACCGAACUUCACUGAACCGGAAGCUAGAUAGGAACCUUGUUCUGUUGGUCAAAGAGAAGCUUGGAGACCAGGAUGUUUGGAUGCUUCCCCAGGCAGAGUGGCAGCCCGGGGAGACCCUCCGAGGAACAGCGGAACGAACCCUGGCCACGCUCUCAGGUUCUGCCCCAGGGCCCAGCGCGGGCAGCCAACUGGAAGGUGCCUCCUAGACUUUCUAUGAAAGAGGCUUAUUUGCUUAUCUUAAAAUGGUUGGCUUGAGGUGCAGGCAUUCAGUUCAGCACACAUCUCAGGGUCUGCUACAUACUGUCCGGGGAGGCAGGCUGGCAGGCGCCAUCCCCAUGCUUUCCCUGUCCCUUGCUGAGAUUGAAAAAUCAGUGUGUACUCUCAAAAUUGACAGUCCUACCACUCUCAGCCUGUGCCUCUUGUCCGCGCGGCCUUGCUUACUGGCCUGACAACGCAUUUACCCAACUAGAAACCUCAGGAUCUCUUGACCUCAUUCUGACAUCCUGAAGUUCUCAAGUCCCUCCUGGUCUGUUCUAAAUAUCUCUUUUUUUAUU